CGGACCCUCGGCGGGGCCCGGCUCCCCGCCCCUGGGAGCGGCUCCUGGGAGUGGACGUUUCCUAAUCUCGGUCCGGGGUUAAAGUUCUGGUCCCGGGUGAGAUGCUGGAAGCCGCGGCCGGAGCCGCCAGCCGCCCCGGAGGUGUCCAGCUGCCCGCCGCCGCCGCCGCCGCCCCCGCCGCCCGGGCAGGGCCAUGUUCGCGCCGGCCUUGCCCCUCGUGGCGCUCCUGGUGGCCUCGGUCCAGGGCCAUCUGGGGUCCCUGGGGCCCAAGAACGUCUCGCAGAAGGACGCCGAGUUCGAGCACACCUACACGGACGAGGUCAACAGCGAGCUGGUCAACAUCUACACCUUCAACCACACCGUGACCCGCAACCGGACGGAGGGCGUGCGAGUGUCGGUGAACGUCCUGAACAAGCAGAGGGGUGCGCCUCUGCUCCUCGUGGUCCGCCAGAAGGAAGCGGUGGUGUCCUUCCAGGCGCCCCUAAUCCUGCGAGGGCUAUAUCAGCGCAAGUACCUCUACCAAAAGGUGGAACGGACGCUGUGUCAGCCCCCAACCAAGAACGAGUCUGAGGUCCAGUUCUUCUAUGUGGACGUGUCCACACUGUCUCCCAUCAACACGACGUACCAGCUUCGGGUCAGCCGGAUCGAUGACUUUGUGCUCAGGACUGGAGAACAGUUCAGCUUCAAUACAACCGCCGCCCAGCCGCAGUUCUUCAAGUAUGAGUUCCCGGAGGGCGUGGACUCGGUGAUCGUCAAAGUGACCUCCAACACGGCCUUCCCCUGCUCUGUCAUCUCCAUCCAAGACAUCCUGUGCCCUGUCUACGAUCUGGACAACAACGUCGCCUUCAUCGGCAUGUACCAGACCAUGACCAAGAAGGCGGCCAUCACCGUGCAGCGCAAAGACUUCCCCAGCAACAGUUUUUAUGUGGUGGUGGUGGUGAAGACGGAAGACCUGGCAUGUGGGGGUUCCCUGCCUUACUACCCCUUUGUGGAAGAUGAACCGGUUGAUCAAGGACACCGCCAGAAAACCCUGUCAGUGCUGGUCUCGCGGGCAGUCACGUCUGAGGCCUACGUCGGCGGGAUGCUCUUCUGCCUGGGCAUAUUUCUCUCCUUCUACCUGCUGACUAUCCUCCUGGCCUGUUGGGAGAACUGGAGGCAGAGGAAGAAGACCCUUCUGGUGGCCAUGGACCGAGCCUGCCCAGAAAGCGGUCACCCCCGGGUCCUGGCCGAUUCCUUUCCCGGAAGUUCCCCCUACGAAGCUUACAACUACGGCUCCUUCGAGAACGGGUCUGGAUCCACGGACGGGCUGGUGGACAGCACGGGCAGCGGGGACCUGUCCUACAGUUACCCGGGGCACGACCAGUUCAAGCGGCGCCUCCCCUUUGGCCAGAUGCGGCAGCUGUGCAUUGCCAUGGAGCGCUCCCCGGACCCCGUGGGCACGCGACCCCGCCUGGACUCCAUGAGCUCCGUGGAAGAGGAUGACUACGACACGCUGACCGACAUCGAUUCCGACAAGAACGUCAUCCGCACCAAGCAAUACCUUUACGUCGCCGAUCUGGCACGCAAAGACAAGCGCGUCCUGCGGAAGAAAUACCAGAUCUACUUUUGGAAUAUUGCCACCAUCGCUGUCUUCUACGCACUUCCUGUGGUGCAGCUGGUGAUCACGUACCAGACGGUGGUGAAUGUCACGGGGAACCAGGACAUCUGCUAUUACAACUUCCUCUGUGCCCACCCGCUGGGCAAUCUCAGCGCCUUCAACAACAUCCUCAGCAACCUGGGGUACAUCCUGCUGGGGCUGCUCUUCCUGCUUAUCAUCCUGCAGCGGGAGAUCAACCACAACCGGGCGCUGCUGCGCAACGACCUCUACGCGCUGGAAUGUGGGAUUCCCAAACACUUCGGCCUGUUCUAUGCCAUGGGCACUGCCCUGAUGAUGGAAGGGCUGCUCAGUGCCUGCUACCACGUCUGCCCCAACUACACCAACUUCCAGUUCGACACCUCGUUCAUGUACAUGAUUGCUGGGCUGUGCAUGCUGAAACUCUACCAGAAGCGGCACCCGGACAUCAACGCCAGUGCCUACAGCGCCUACGCCUGCCUGGCCAUCGUCAUCUUCUUCUCCGUGCUGGGCGUGGUCUUUGGCAAAGGGAACAUGGCAUUCUGGAUCGUCUUCUCGGUCAUCCACAUCAUCGCCACCCUGCUGCUGAGCAUUCAGCUCUAUUACAUGGGCCGCUGGAAGCUGGACUCAGGCAUCUGCCGGCGCAUCCUGCACGUGCUCUACACAGACUGCAUCCGGCAGUGCAGCGGGCCCCUCUACGUGGACCGCAUGGUGCUGCUGGUCAUGGGUAACAUCAUCAACUGGUCACUGGCUGCCUACGGACUGAUCAUGCGCCCCAAUGACUUCGCCUCCUACCUGUUGGCCAUCGGCAUCUGCAACCUGCUGCUUUACUUUGCCUUCUACAUUAUUAUGAAGCUCCGGAGCGGGGAAAGGAUCAAACUCAUCCCUCUGCUCUGCAUCAUCUGCACCUCCGUCGUCUGGGGCUUCGCGCUCUUCUUCUUCUUCCAGGGACUCAGCACCUGGCAGAAAACCCCCGCCGAGUCCCGGGAGCACAACCGCGACUGCAUCCUACUGGACUUCUUUGACGACCACGACAUCUGGCACUUCCUCUCCUCCAUAGCCAUGUUUGGGUCCUUCCUGGUGUUACUGACUCUGGACGACGACCUGGACACGGUGCAGCGGGACAAGAUCUACGUGUUCUAGCUGGGGUGGCCGCGCUUUACUCCUGGGGCCUACGGGCCCCACUGCCUCCCGCCCAGAACCUCGGCGGCGGAGCAAGGCAAGGACUGUGCCUCCCGGCCUGCUGCCAGCUGCUGGUGGUGGUGUGGCUCGACCCGGGACACUUUCUGAGCAGGGACUGGGGCCUCGCAGCUGCCCCUGGACAGGGAGGAGCCUGGUCCCUCGAGCCCCAGCCACUGGCUACAUUGCUGCUGUCUUCUCAGUGUUGGGACCCUAGGUCCCCUCUGCGGCCUCUCUCUGGCCCUUCUGCAUGGGAAGGAGGGAAGUGUCGCCCUGCCUGUCUCACGGCUCACAUGCUGCCCCUCCUCGCCCUGGCCUUCAGCCAGAGACCCCCAGCCCUUUCUUCUUCCUGGACUCCAAAACCCUGCCCUGGCACCUGUGAGCCUGUCCCGCUCAUCUGGGCAUGCCUGGCUUCCACCGUUGCCCACUCCAGCUCGCCAGGAUGGCGGGAGGCGUUGGUCAGUGGGGACCAGCCAGCUGGUGCCAGCCUAUUGGUGCUAAGGUCUGCGAGGGGCCCCGGGCAGUGCAGCCCCCCCACUCAGAUCAGCAGAGGGGGCUCCAGCUAGCCUCCGAGAGCAAGGGGCUGGAUUCAGAGGUCAUCUUCCUCAGAGCCAGAGGGGAGAACAACUCACCCUUUUCCUUCCUUUUUCUCUCAAGACCGUUAGUCCUGCCAAGCCCCAGCAGGGGGCCUCUCAGUGCCAUUGACGCUGCCCAGGAAGGUUCAGGUGACAAGAGCUGGGGCCUGCAAGGGGGCCCAGCCCUGCGGCAGCCCCCACGGCCAAAGGCACCCAGUGCCUGUCUGAGGAAGGAGUGCGGAGCUGCAGGCCCUGGGCGGCCUCCCGCGAGGACCAGGGCUGGCUCCCGCCGUCUCGGAUUUUCCGCCAGUUUCUGGGGCAGCCACGUGCGCGCGCACACACAGAACUUCGGAGUUUACAUGGACUGGCCUGAGUUCUGGGCGUCCCACCAGAACGGGCCCCUCCUGGUCCGUUCCAGAUGCCAAGGCGGGGGCGGGGGGGAGGGGGCCUCUGCCUCCAUGUGUUUUAUUCCCCCCCCAUGUGUUUUUAUCGCACUCCCUGGGGCAGGGAGAGGAGGUGGGUCUGGAUUCCCCCUCGGAACUCUGCUCAUGCUACGGGCGCAUCUGCGUUUUCUACGAAUGAGUCUGCAUUCAAUUAAAGAAGCAACCAGGUGCA